AUGGCAACGGGCGCGGCCUAGCGGGGCCCGGAGCCUCCCGGAGCCUGCCAUGGCGGGCAGCGAGCGGUGCCGCCGGGCCCGGGCGACGUGGGAGGUGUCCGAGUCCGAACCCGAGGUUGAGCCCGAAUCCCACGGCCCCAGCGCGGCCCCGGAAGGCUCUCCUCCGGCGGCAGCCGCCGUACGGCCGAAGCGGCGGAGGGCAGCCGGGGAGGCCGAGGCCCGGAGACGGGAGCGGCAGCGGCGGAAGGAGCGGGAGGCGCUGGAGAAGCGGGAGGCGGCGGCGGCAUGGCGGCUGCUGAGGCCGGAGCGCUGCCUGCGGCUCCUGGAGGUGUGCGUGGAUCCAGGUUUCCUUGAAGAUCCCGGCUCAGAUAUUUGGAUCGAAGCUUUGCGUUCCCUGGACUGUAAAAAUUCCAUUGAGCCUCAGGCAAUUCCCUGCAGCAUAACCUGGAGGAGAAAUAUGCCAAGCAUUCCGUCUGCCCCAGAUGACUGCAUGGUGAAAACUGAAGAGGAGAAGGAGGUGCUGGUGUUGCUGGAGCCAGCAGAUUUUCUAAAGCGCCUCUGUUCUCUAACCCAGACUUUUGUCGAUGCCUCGUCAGGGAGUCAGCCUGACCUGAACCAAGUGUUACCUUUGGCCAGCCUGGAGGGCUCCUCCACCAAAACCUACAGCCUGGCUGUCAUUGGGCUGGAUGCCUACAGGUGUAACCAGGAGCAGAAUGGGUGGCAGCCACUGAGCCCUGGAAAGCAGAGUCCCAGAUCCCAGCCUGGCCCAGAGCUGUUCAUGACUCAGCAGGAAAUACUGGAGGCACAGGUGGUGCUCCAGCUGUGGGGUAACAUUGAUGUACAGCUCCUAGACACGUGGCAGGAAUUUGGUGAGCAUGUCUGUGCGCUGACUAAGGCAAUAGCAAGGCGCCCGUACAAGAGUCAGCUGGAGAUGCAGGAGUUGUCUUUCUGCACUGCUGGGGUUUCGGGCAAGGGGUUGCGAGUAGAGAAGGACGGCACAGGGCUAUGGCAGGUGUGGAAGAGACAAAUCCAGCAGUUUAACAGAGUCAGCCCUGCAACAGCAGCAGCAAUAGCAGAAGCAUAUCCUUCCCCUGGCCUCCUGGUACAGGCCUAUGAAGAGUGCAGCACAGAAGAUGAGAAACUACUGCUGCUGAGUAACAUCCCUGUGAAAUCAGACAUCAGUGGGAAAGACCACCGUGUUGGGCCAGACUUAUCCCGCCGCAUCUAUCUCUUCAUGGUUUCCACCAACCCUGACCUUAUCCUGGACCUGACUGUAUAGUGGGACCAGGAGCCACGUCAGUCAGCCUCAGUAUUUUCUUCUGCUAAACUCAGCAGUUGCUGAGCUGCUUCUGGCAUGGCAGUGCUGCUGGGAGCCCAACCUGUGGAAGCAGCUGGUUCUGUUUCAGAAUAGACUUGCACAUCAAUAAAUCUCUUGUUACAGAUGC